AUGGCAAAUAGCACGAAUCCAGACUUGCCCAAGAGCCCAGUUGUUCCGCUGGCGCACACAGAGUCGGGCUCUAAUAUAGGAGCCGUACCACCUCUCCCUCCGCCAGUAUCCGAGCCGGAGGCGACACUACAGGCAUCAACUAUGUUCGCCGUGUCGACUAUAGCGGAGGCGGAGAAGUGCGCACAGACUGAUAUUCGAGCUUGCGCUCUUCUAGACCUCCCAGUUGACGUUCUACGAUUGAUCGUCAAGGAGGUCAAGCAGGCGAAUGAUCUAAUCACACUCGCACUGACAUGCUCGACUCUCCAUAGCCUUGCCAUUCCUCAUAUAUAUGCUCGAUUCGAUAUUGUCUGGCCCGAGAGUGCGAGCACGCCUUCGAGUUCCAAGAAUGUCGAUGCUCUUACUUAUGGUUUAUCCACGCUGUGCCUGGGAAGUAAGUUUGGACAGCGUGCGCGCUGGCUAUGCGGUGGUGCCAUGGCAGGAGUGGGCACACCAGGGCGACUCGUCGAUAAUCAGUACGCAAAGUUUACACGGAAAUUCGGUUUGGGAAAUGGGCCGCAUAUCUGGGUAUCGGAUUAUAACGUCACGAAAGAGAGUGGGAAGAUGCUGGGAACUCUGGUUUCAUUAGCUGUCGCCAAGAUGGUCAAUUUGGAAACCUUCGUUUGGGACAUGCCCACUGGCGUCCUGUCGGACGUUUUCAUGGCUCUGGCAUCUCUGCAGGACGACCCUCCGGGUGGUCACUGUAAAUUGGAAAAGGUUCACAUACGCUGGCAUGAGAGUUGGCAAGGGCCGCACGGGACGGCGUCAUCAGAAUCGAGCCCGGUCAUACAACCGGCAAACCCAGUUUCUGCUCCACAAGUAUACACCAUUCAGCCUACCUCUCCAGCCUCACACAUGUUGACCAGACUAUCACCUCCAAAAUACGCAGAAAGCCAUGUCGAGUAUCCAACAUUUAGCGUGUUACCACCGCUGAAGAGUCUGACUGUUCUCGACAUUAAUGAGCUGGCUUAUCUGGAUGAGAUAUCCGUCUUGAUCGAAAGAUCUAAAGACACACUCCAGGAACUUCGACUUGGCAUCCACCAUAAGGCAAUUGGGCAAGAUUUUGCGAGUGCUUGGGAAGGGGACGGUUUGCAACAAGUGGACCUGAAUGCUCGAUGGCCCGGCGAGAGUGCUAUUGGUGACAAGCGUCUUGGUGGUGUUCUUGGCGUGGUGGUAGGCAGAAUUUUUGAGAUCCGGCAGAAACGGCACUCCAGGUCGAAACAGUAUAAUUCAGGAUCUAUAACGCCAAUCACAGAUGACGGCAUUACAAGUGGAAUCAGUCAGUCUUCGCAAGCCUGGGCAAGUGGAGAUGGAACUGGACACCACGGUCUGUCCCCCCAAGACAGCACCGCGCUGGGUGCAGUACCACACUUACUUGCGCAAGACGGACCCGCGGGAUACACAAAUCCAGAGUUCGGCUCAAAAGUGAAAAAGUCUGGUAAAGACGACCGGUCAAGAAGAAAGCGUCUUGACGGAAAAUUGAGAUUGCAGUCAUUAGAACUGGAGCGGAUAACCCUUUCCAUCAAUGUCUGUUGCAAGGUAUUCGACUGGUCCUAUUUAACAAGCUUGACGAUCCUCAGCUGCAACCGAUCCGACGCACUUUGGAAAGCAUUAAGGAAGCGCUUUGAGCCAACCCCUCCACCUCAUGGUUCUCCUGCGCCGUUGUUGGUCAAGUACCACCUCACGGUGAAGGAACUCCACUGUGAUGCCACGACACCUGCUCUUUUGAAUUUUAUCAGAGAAACUCUGGAGCCCAAUACGCUUGAGGUGCUCUUCCUUCAAGAUCGUCGGCGAUCCGUACCGGCCGUGGUAGGUAUCGAUGUCGUAUUCAAGGUAGUUAAACGGCACCACUUGAGUUUGAAGAAACUAUUGCUUGACAGCAACGAGAAAAUAGGGCGAGAGCCGUAUUCACCUGGCAAUCACUGGCGGAGAUGGGUCCUCAAUAGUGACAUGGUUUCAUACCUCACUAGUGGCCGAAUGAACAACUUGAGGGAGCUCGCAGUGGCGCUCCAUUAUCGAGACUGGCAUCUUUUCCUGCAGAGGCUGCCCAACGUCCUGCAGCUCCGAUCAGUUCACGUUCUGCAAAUUCAGGAUCACAUAGGUGGCGCGUUUGAACCCAAAGAGCUAGCGUUACAACUUGUCGACAUCGUCACGUUGCGACCUGAGGUACAGCUCUGCUACGUAGGCAUCAGAGAUAGGUGUUUCGAAAUUCUGGAGUGUUCCCCUACUCGGGGAGGAGCGGACCGGUUCGGAUCUAACGGCUCAGUGUUCCAUCAAACAGGGGGUGCUAUCUCGGUCAUCGAUCUAGACGACGAGGACAACGGGGACGGUUCUAACAAUGAUAGCGAUACAGACGAAACCGAGGACGAGGAUGAUGAUGAUGACGAUACCAAUGUCAGUCAUCCCACCGAAAUUGAGGAUGACUUUACCGAGGUGUCCGACGUGGAGUCAGGAGCCGACAAUUUCGAUGAACCGGAUGACAGCCAAUCAGAGCCCCGGCUGCGUCUAAAAAAGAUACUGUUUUGCGAUGACAAGGUCGCCGUGUUCAAGGCCAGGCACGGUCGAAUCUAA